AUGGAAACCAUACACGGGUCUCGUUACACUUGUGAAAUUCCCAGAGUAGAUCUCUUGACAUUCGUGUUUAGUUCUGGCGACGCAGCGACUCGUCAAAGACCUCAGUACUUCGAUGCGGAUCAUCCGGAACGCCACUAUAGUCUGAGCCAGGGAGAGUCGUAUGCCAAAAGGGUCGCCAAAGGACUGCAAGACUUGGGACUGCAAGACGAUGACAAGGUCUUUUUGUAUUCGGGGAACAACCUCUUCUUCCCUAUCCUGCUCUGGGGGGUGAUUGGAGCAGGAUGUGUCUUCACUGCCACAUCGCCAAGCGCUUCACUCGAAGGUGGCUAUGUUGAAGCCAGACCCGUUGUUGAAAAGCACAUACUGACGUUGACAGAACUUACCAACCAACUGCGUGAUUCCGAUUCUAAGCUACUUCUGGCCAGCCUAGACGGGAUCGAAACAGCAUUGAAGGCUGCAACCGCUGUUGGAAUACCACAAGAGAGAGUAUACGUGUUCUGCGAUCCUCGAGAUGCUUCGAUGAUUAGGAAUGCUACACGAUCCGAGCCUUGGACCUCCCUAUGGGCAUCAGAGCAUGGAAACGAAUUCGAAUGGCCAACGUCGGCAGAUCCAGAUUAUCUUGCCAGAAAGACAAUUAUAUUGAACUAUUCCAGCGGCACCACAGGACCUCCAAAAGGAGUAGAGAUCACGCAUGCGAACGUGGUGGCGAACUCCGCCCAACUGAUUCACUACCGCACCAUGGUAGGAAACCAACCGUCCGCGUACGCUCGUCAGGAGAGACUGGCGCGGUCUGGAGAGCGCUGGCUGGCUCCUCUACCCAUGUAUCAUGCAUAUGGGCAAAUCUAUUAUUGCGUGAAUGCACCUCGAAUGUCUGCCAAGGUCUACAUCAUGUCCAAAUAUGAUGUCCGACGACUGCUCCUCUUCGUCGAUAUUUACCGCAUCACAUUCUUGACCGCGGUGCCGACAGUCUUAAUUGCCAUGGCCAAGCAUCCACGAGGAGUGUACAACUUGCAGUCUCUCGAAUACGCCCUUACUGGAUCGGCACCGCUGGGCCACGACAUUGCAAGUGUUAUCGAGAAGCACUUUUUGCGUCCUGGGCUUGAGCUGAAGAACGGCUGGGGCCUUACCGAAACGACGAACUCUAUCAGCGGCUUCUGUCCCGAUGAUCAAAACGAUGGGAGGUCGGUGGGGUAUCUCAAUCCGAACUGUGCAGGAAAGAUUGUACCUGUGGAAGGGCAAAGCUGGGAUAGUGAAGUCCCGCCUGCGACCCUCGUCGGAGAGAUAUGGGUGUCGGGUCAGAAUGUCAUGAAAGGGUACUACAAGAACCCUGAAGCGACAGCAGAUACGGUCGUUGUGCAAAAUGGCCGUCGUUGGUUGCGGACCGGUGACAUCGGGUAUUUUGAGGAUGGAAGAAUUUACAUUAUUGAUAGGCUCAAGGAAUUGAUCAAAGUCAAGGGCUUGCAGGUAUCUCCCAGCGAGCUGGAAGCGGCGAUCUUGCUGCACGAAGGAGUGGCAGACGUGGCCGUGACCGGUGCAAAAUUAGAAAUGGGAGAAUGUCCGCGGGCUUUCGUCGUACGGAAAGAUCCAGAGCUGCAGGAAGAGCAGAUCCACGACUUGAUCAGGUCCAGAUUCUCUAAGCACAAGUGGCUAACGGGUGGGGUGUACUUCAUCGAUGAGAUUCCUAAGACACCGAGUGGCAAGACGAAGCGGCGGCUCUUGCCAAUUCCUCCGAAGACUGCCAAGCUUUGA